AUGAUCAAGGCCAACCUGAUGCUGAUCCAGUGUCAAGCUAUUGUGGUGGCCAUUGCUGCUGCCAUGCUAAGCAUUGUCAUGGGCGUCGUUGUCCAUGCCGAGUUUAGUGUGCACGACAGCGCCGUCAUUCUCACCAGCGCCAUCGUGACUGCUUCCCUGGCCAGCCUUCUCCUUGGGUCCUUGAUGGCAGUCAUUGUCGUACUUAGCCGGCAGCUUUCCAUUGAUCCCGACAACGUAGCCACGCCGUUGGCAGCCGCCCUGGGAGACUUGGUCACCCUGGCCAUUCUUGCAGGCAUCGGCACCUUUCUCCUCUCCCUUGGCUCUUACACGGUGGUCGUGGCUCUGAUUUUCUGCAUUGUCUUUGUCGGGGGUCUCUUUCCGUACGCUUUGACGGCGCCGCAGUACAAGCAAGUCGGAUAUCCACCGCCCUACAUUCCCAAAUUCAGUUCGUUUCGCCACAACCCACCUGUCCUCUUCUGUCAUGGGUCUGCCAUGCAAGGCUCAUUCUUUCUACCACCGUCAUCGCUGCCGGGUGCAUGCCACAGUGAUAGCCACAACCGGGCGGGCCUCCUUCUCUUUGCCAUGGUCCUGCCUGUAUCCUAUGUCUUCUUGGGUCUGAUAGAGGUGACCCACCUGGGCCACACAUCAAUUACACCCCUGUUUAUGACAGGAUAUAGCUUUGCUGCCCUUACACAGGUGUGCAUUCUACUGCUUAUUGUGGGACGCUUGGUCAAGUUUAUCUGGCAUAAAAAUAUGGAUCCAGAUCAGGUCAGUCGUACGUUUGCAUUGGCCGCGUCCUGUACAGUGGGCAGGGGUCCGGAAGUCGAGGGACUGGAGGUGUUGUAA